AUGGCCGACGAUGAGGACAGAGUUACCAUGCCCUUCAAGUUCGUGACUGCAUACACAGCUUCUGCUCGACACACUCAAUUGACACGCCACCCAGGCUUCGAUGCGCGCUUCCCCAACCAGAACCAGACCAAGCACUGCUGGCAGAACUACGUCGACUACCACAAGUGCAUCCUCGCCAAGGGUGAGGACUUCAAGCCUUGCCGUCAGGUACACAACCUCUCCUUGUCAACACCCGUCACACUGUCUGACGCACACAUAGNNUUCUUCCUCGCCUACAGAUCCCUCUGCCCCAGUGGCUGGGCCGCAAGAUGGGACGACCAGCGCGGUGAGUCUCAGAUCAAUCCUACAUACAAGAACACAUCACUCAUCAUACAAUGCANNGAGAACGGCACUUUCCCCAUGAAGCUGGACGAGUAA